GACGUAAGCACGUAGGCGCCCGGAAGCGAGAGAGGCGGAGCCGGCGGUUGGCGCUGUCAAGCCCAGUUCGGAAUCCUCCUGAGGGGAAAGGAGGCAGGAAGGAAGGUCGGUCGAGGCGCCGGCGGCAGGAACCUUGCUGUUGCUGCAGAACAAAAUGUUUCACUUAAGGACUUGCGCUACUAAAUUGAGGCCAUUAACGGCCUCACAGACUGUUAAGACAAUAUCUCAAAACAGGCCAGCAGUACCGAGGACGUUUCAGCAAAUCAGGUGUUACAGUGCACCUGUUGCUGCUGAGCCAUUUUUGAGUGGGACUAAUUCAAACUAUGUGGAGGAAAUGUAUUAUGCUUGGUUGGAAAAUCCUAAGAGUGUGCAUAAGUCAUGGGACAUAUUCUUCCGCAAUGCCAAUGCUGGAGCUGUUCCAGGAACUGCUUACCAAAGCCCCCCUCCAUUGAGUACCAGUCUAUCCGCACUAACACAUGCGCAAUCUCUGGUUCAAGCACAGCCGAAUGUAGAUAAACUAGUAGAAGAUCAUCUUGCAGUCCAAUCUCUUAUUAGAGCAUAUCAGAUUCGAGGGCAUCAUGUAGCACAGCUCGACCCACUGGGCAUCUUGGAUGCUGAUCUGGACUCUUCCGUUCCAGCUGAUAUUAUCACUUCCACAGACAAACUGGAUCUUGCAGUAUUCAAGGAGCGGCUGAAAGUGCUAACAGUAGGAGGGUUUUAUGGCCUGGAUGAAUCGGAUCUUGACAAGGUUUUUCACUUGCCCACUACCACCUUCAUUGGAGGAAAUGAGUCUGCUCUCCCACUUCGAGAAAUCAUCCGCCGUUUAGAGAUGGCAUACUGUCAGCAUAUUGGUGUGGAAUUUAUGUUUAUUAAUGAUCUGGAGCAGUGCCAGUGGAUCAGACAGAAAUUUGAAACUCCCGGAGUCAUGCAGUUCUCUAAUGAGGAAAAGCGCACUCUGCUGGCAAGAUUGGUCCGGUCAACCAGAUUUGAAGAGUUCCUGCAUAGAAAGUGGUCUUCCGAAAAACGCUUUGGCUUGGAAGGCUGUGAGGUUUUGAUCCCGGCUUUAAAGACAAUAAUUGACAAGUCAAGUGAAAAGGGAGUUGAUUAUGUGAUCAUGGGAAUGCCUCAUAGAGGCCGUCUGAAUGUCCUUGCCAAUGUUAUCAGAAAGGAGUUGGAGCAGAUUUUCUGCCAAUUUGAUUCCAAAUUGGAGGCUGCAGAUGAGGGCUCAGGUGAUGUGAAGUAUCAUUUGGGAAUGUAUCACCGGAGAAUUAAUCGAGUUACGGACCGGACCAUCACUCUUUCACUGGUUGCAAAUCCUUCUCAUUUGGAGGCUGCUGAUCCAGUUGUUCAGGGCAAGACAAAGGCAGAGCAAUUUUAUUGUGGAGAUACUGAAGGGAAAAAAGUGAUGUCUAUCCUUUUGCAUGGAGAUGCUGCUUUUGCUGGGCAAGGUAUAGUUUAUGAGACAUUCCACUUGAGCGACCUGCCUUCCUAUACAACACACGGGACAGUUCAUGUGGUGGUAAACAACCAGAUUGGAUUCACCACCGAUCCCCGUAUGGCUCGCUCUUCUCCGUACCCAACAGACGUAGCCCGAGUGGUUAAUGCACCCAUCUUCCACGUUAAUGCCGAUGAUCCAGAGGCUGUGGUGUAUGUCUGCAACGUGGCUGCUGAAUGGCGCAGCACUUUCCACAAAGACGUAGUCGUGGAUCUGGUAUGCUACAGGAGAAAUGGGCACAAUGAGAUGGAUGAGCCAAUGUUCACCCAGCCACUGAUGUACAAACAAAUCCGGAAGCAGAAGCCUGUGCUGCAAAAAUAUGCUGAGACUCUAGUUUCACAAGGAGUGGUAAAUCAACCUGAGUAUGAGGAGGAAAUUGCCAAAUAUGACAAGAUCUGUGAGGAGGCGCAUGCCAGGUCCAAGGAUGAGAAAAUCCUUCACAUCAAGCACUGGCUAGAUUCUCCAUGGCCUGGUUUCUUCACUCUGGAUGGCCAGCCCAGGAGCAUGACCUGUCCUUCCACUGGUUUGAAUGAAGAGGAUUUGAUCCAUAUAGGAAAGGUGGCGAGCUCAGUUCCUGUUGAAAACUUCACAAUCCAUGGAGGUUUAAGCAGGAUUCUAAAGACCCGUGGAGAAUUGGUUACUAAUAGAACUGUAGAUUGGGCCUUGGCAGAAUACAUGGCAUUCGGCUCUCUCCUUAAAGAGGGAAUCCACAUCCGACUGAGUGGACAAGAUGUUGAGAGAGGAACCUUCAGCCAUCGACACCAUGUCUUACAUGACCAGAAUGUUGACAAGAGGACCUGCAUUCCUAUGAACCACCUGUGGCCAAACCAAGCUCCAUAUACAGUCUGCAAUAGUUCUCUCUCAGAGUAUGGAGUCCUGGGGUUUGAGCUGGGCUUUGCCAUGGCCAGCCCCAAUGCUUUGGUGCUGUGGGAAGCUCAGUUUGGUGACUUUCACAACACAGCUCAGUGUAUUAUUGACCAGUUCAUCUGUUCCGGACAGUCCAAGUGGGUGAGACAAAAUGGCAUGGUACUCCUGCUUCCCCAUGGCAUGGAAGGAAUGGGCCCUGAGCACUCUUCUGCCAGACCAGAGCGAUUCCUGCAAAUGUGCAAUGACGAUCCAGAUGUCUUCCCAAAACUAGAUGAUUUUGAUGUCCGACAGCUGUAUGACUGCAAUUGGAUUGUAGUGAACUGUUCUACGCCAGCAAACUUUUUCCAUGUUGUGCGGAGGCAGAUACUUCUCCCCUUCCGGAAACCGCUCAUUGUCUUCACUCCAAAGUCAUUGUUGCGUCAUCCUGAAGCUCGGUCCAGCUUUGAUGACAUGUUGACAGGCACACAUUUCCAGCGCAUUAUUCCAGAAAAUGGUGUUGCUACACAAAAUCCAGAAGGGGUGAAGCGAAUCCUCUUCUGCACUGGGAAAGUGUACUAUGAGCUCACUAGGGAGCGCAAAACCAGGGAUAUGGAAGCAGACGUGGCCAUCACUAGGGUGGAGCAGUUAUCCCCAUUCCCCUUCGACCUCCUGUUGAAGGAGUUCCAUAAAUACCCCAAUGCGGACCUGGUUUGGUGUCAAGAGGAGCACAAAAACCAAGGGUAUUAUGAUUAUGUAAAGCCUCGACUUCGCACAACCAUUGACCGUGCAAAGCCAGUGUGGUAUGCUGGGCGUGAACCUGCUGCUGCACCAGCCACCGGCAACAAGAAGACUCACCUGACUGAAUUGCAGCGCUUCCUGGACACUGCCUUCAACCUCGACUCUUUCAAGGGCUUGUCUUAGAUAACACUUGGAAAUGGCUCUGCAGCACACUUUGUGUGUGUGUUUCUGUCUAGCUCUGUUCCCUUCCUGUCCAUGCCCUUAACUGUAGACCUUCUUAACUAACUUAAGGAACCCAUUAUUAACCUGUUCUUUGCUGUCGAGGAAUCGCCUCUUCAGUGACCCAUCUGGAAUGUUUGUAAUACAUUUUCUCUGUCAAGUGCUGCCCCUCAUACCUCUGGAACAGUAGGGUUUCACUCCAACACAGUCUUGUGUUCUUCCUGAAAACCCCAGAUUAGCCAGUUGUCCUGCUCCAGAGUGUGGACUAUGCUAGGACUAACAUUUGCUUUCCAAAUGGGUCUUGGUGUCGGAAAAUCUGAUGGCCCCGGGCCGUCCAUAAAUUGUUAUUUUGAACCUCUAGGUUCAACCAUUGAUGGUGGUAUUCUCAUUCCCGUUUGAACUGGCAUAAA